CACAGGGUCAAAAAGGGAAAUAACAAAAAGAAGAAAGAAGAGAAACUUCUGGAAAAAGGAAAGGAAGCCACAUACGCUCUUCUCGCACAUUCCUAUACUCUUUCCUUCUUGUGGUCCCCUUUCACUUUUUUAAAUUCCGAUUUUACCCUUUUCUUCUUCUUCGAUCUCUUUUUUUCUUUUUAUUUUUUUGUUGUUGUCUUCUGGAACUUCCGAUCUGUCUCUCCCCCAUCUCUCUCUCCUCUCUCUUUCUUAUCACUACGUUUCUCCCAGAACAUUCUAGAACUUCAUACCAUAAUCUCUCUCUCUCUCUAGCUUCGUGAUCAUCGUGUGUGUGUGUUUCAAUCACGGGUUCUGUCUGGAUUGUGACAAUCUCUUUCUUGGUUGGUGUAGAAAAAAAGAUUACGUCAAACUUUUGGAUUUGGUUCUAAUGGGUUUGUGAAAGACGUCUCCUUUCUCUUCUCUGUAUUGAGAUCUCAUGAUUCCAAGUUUCUUCAAAGCUCAUUUCCAUUGAUUUUUGAGGUGUGUCAGUGUCUGUGGAUCUAAAACUCAUGCCGGGGGAACAAACCGGAGAAACUCCGACGGUGGCCGGAGUAGGAGGCGGUGGAGCUGGUUGUAGCGCCGGGAAUAGUGGUGGAAGUAGUGGAUGUGGUGCUGGCGGCGGUGGUGGUGGUAGUGGUGGAGGUGGCGGAGGAGGAGGAGAUUCGCAGAGGUCAAUUCCGACGCCGUUUUUGACGAAAACGUAUCAGCUUGUGGAAGAUCCGGUUUACGACGAAUUGAUAUCGUGGAACGAAGAUGGAACAACUUUUAUUGUGUGGCGACCAGCUGAAUUCGCAAGAGAUCUUCUUCCCAAAUACUUCAAACACAACAAUUUCUCUAGUUUUGUUCGUCAGCUCAAUACUUACGGAUUUCGAAAAGUAGUUCCAGAUCGUUGGGAGUUUUCUAAUGACUGUUUUAAGAGAGGUGAGAAGAUUCUGCUUCGGGAUAUUCAACGGCGGAAAAUCUCUCAGCCUGCUCUGGCCGCGGCCGCUGCAGCAGCGGCGGCAGCAGUAGUGGCUUCGGCUGUUACGGUGGCAGCGGUUCCUGUUGUAGCUCACGCUGUUUCUCCGUCGAACUCUGGAGAAGAACAGGUUAUAUCAUCUAAUUCUUCGCCUGCGGCUGCAGCCGCUGCUAUAGGAGGAGUGGUUGGUGGUUCUUUGCAGAGGACAACGAGCUGCAUCACUGCACCAGAGCUGGUUGAGGAGAAUGAGCGAUUGAGGAAAGAUAAUGAGCGAUUGAGGAGAGAGUUGACAAAGUAUAAAGGAUUAUAUGCGAAUAUCUACACAUUAAUGGCGAAUUUCACACCGGGUCGAGAAGAUUGUGCGCAUUUGUUAGCAGAAGGGAAACCUUUAGAUCUUUUACCGGAGAGACAAGGGAUGAGUGAAGCCAUGGCAAUGGCUUCUAGAAUAGAGACAGGGAUUGGUUUGAAACUUGAUGAGGAUUUGACUCCGAGGUUGUUUGGGGUUUCUAUUGGGGUUAAGCGAGCAAGGAGAGAAGAAGAAUUGGGUGCUGCAGGGGAAGAGGAUGAUGAUAGACGAGAAGCGGUUGCCCAAGAGGGAGAACAAAGUUCUGAUGUUAAGGCAGAGCCCAUGGAGGAGAAUAACCCCGCUAACCAUAAUGGGUCGUGGCUUGAACUCGGAAAAUGAAAACACUUACCAGUUCAGAGGAUUUGUUGUAUAUGCAAGAAACUGAUACUGAUCCCCAUUGAGUAGGCAAGCCAUUGUACUGUCCCAGACGGAAAAUGGGGAUAUGUUGGUCAUAAGAACAAUGGCUCUGAGAACAAAGGUUCAUUGAGUUAGGGUACAAAGGUAUCUAAAAACACAGGUUCUACCAUCCUGAGUUGUUCCUGAUUUCAGAUGUUGCCUCCUGAAUCUUCUUCUUGAUGGAACUGAAACUAUUCUGGCUUGUUGUGCUCCAGUGGGUGGAUGUGCUUCUCACGAUUUCGGAUAAAGCAGGCAGAUUCGAGGUUACAUCUUCAUACUCUGCAACAAAGAGCACGAAUCAAUGGUUUUAAAUCAUUAUGUUCUUUUUAGUCCAAAACAAUUGUAGCUCGCUGACUUGUAAUGAUCUUAAUGAAAUUUAUAUUUCUAUUUUUUAUUUAAA